CAAACGGAUGAAUUCUUGCAGUACGGAGCAACAGUAGAGCUGCACACAGCGUUAACACAAGCGACAGGGAUUUUGGAGAAGGCACUGUUCCCUUACGCCUCCAUUCCUGAAUUUUAAAAAGCGUGUAAACAGCCGACAUUGUGGAUUUAGAGGGUACUCCCAGCGCCAAUAACAUGGACCGUGUACUUUGAGACGCAGUAAUCCAAAAGGAGCCUUCUCAUGCUGGAAAUGGACAAUGGAGAAAUUGCGUGUAAGUAGCUGAUUGCUGCGUUUUUCAUAGAUCGCUUUACAUUUCACUGGUUUUGGUCAGAAGAGAGGGAACCACAUUUAUUGCCACAUGCAUUACUGUGUUGGGUGUAUUUCAUAUUUAACGAACGCAUAACAUGACUGUAGUGUACAGUAAAACUGACUAGAACGUUUAAUUUUAUGGGGAGUCAGCCUGUGCGUAAAACUUCUGGAGACAUCACCGAAAAACUGCGAGGACAAACGCGUAUCCCUUUAGCGGUCCGCUGUGAAGGUCAUUGGUCUGCUCUGCCAUGAGCUUAGUUGGUGGAUUUCCUCACCACCCGGUGGUGCAUCACGAUGGCUACUUCGCCGCUGCUAGUCGCUGCCACGAAGAAAAUCCUUACUUCCACGGGUGGUUGAUCAGCCAUCCCGAAAUGUCUCCCCCUGACUAUAGUAUGGCACCAUCGUACAGCCCUGAGUAUGCCAAUGGUGCCGCCGGUCUUGACCACUCGCACUAUGGGGGUGCUCCGGGAGCUGGCGCCGUUGGAAUAGUGCCCCGUCCUGUGAAACGGAGACCCACGGCAAAUCGAAAGGAAAGGCGAAGGACUCAGAGUAUCAACAGUGCCUUCGCAGAGCUCAGGGAGUGCAUUCCUAACGUCCCCGCAGACACGAAGCUGUCCAAAAUAAAAACCCUUCGGUUGGCCACGAGCUAUAUCGCCUACCUCAUGGACAUUCUUGACAAGGACGAGCAGCACGGAGAAGCAGAGGCCUUCAAAGCAGAGUUCAAAAAGACAGACGUCAAAGAGGAAAGGAGAAAGAAAGAAGUGAAUGAAGUUUUGAAAAGUUCAGCAAGCAGUAAUGACAAGAAAACCAAAGGAAGAACUGGCUGGCCGCAACAUGUUUGGGCACUGGAACUGAAACAGUGAAUGCCCCUUUUCAUAAAGACUUGAAAAUAAGUCUUUUCCUUUUGUUUUGUACUCAUGACUUUAUUUAAUGGAAUAUUUAUGUGCAAUUUCCCGCAAUGAAGAGUGGAUAUUUGAAGAAAACCAUUCCAUUUUAAGAGGAGGAGAGCCAUUUGGUAAGGGAUUCUGUCGUCUCAUAUGUGCUGAAUGUUUGUUUCGUUGUUGAAGUGGAAACCCAAACAGAUGUUUGACGUGUUCGUGAAGUGCAAGUUCUCCCCCCUUUCUUCCCCUUCCCUCUAGAUAUAGGUAUUAAUGGAGUUAGUUUAACUGAUAAAGUGACGCAGUUUAAAUGUUUUAUUUCAAAAAUGUCAUGAAGUGUUAUGUUGUCAUUCUGUGGUCGUCUCGUAUUUGAUGAUGUUUUAAACAGUUGUUAAGUCCACUCGAGUGCACUUCCGUCCAGAAAAAUGGAACUUAAAUAAUAUUGCAAACCAUGUAAUUAAUACAAUAAACCACUGUGUUUUUUAAACAUAGUUCCCUUGUUGCAUAUAUUGAGUAAUAGCUUACAAUUUAUGAUUUGAAUUCUGAUCCAUUUAAAAAUAAAAUCUUUUUUGGUUUUUUUAAAUA